UUAAACCAUUCUUUUACAGCGUAAAAGGUCAAAGGUAGCACAAUUAGCCGAACAUCGUUAAACGAUUGCGGUUACGGGACAAACCAAACGAACGAGGAAGAUUGACACGCGCGAUAAUCAUCCUCCGUGCAUCGAUAAGAAUCCUCUCGUGCAACUUGCUACAUCACGUGUCGUGGGAAGUACGCAGCAGCGGCGACAAAGAAGACGACGACGAUGAUCUUGACCUUCGUUAAGCGUUGAAUCAGAAAAUCAACCCAUCGAAAAAAAAUCACGGAGAUUUUCCUACGUAGGAGGUGAUUCGCGUGCGCCUUUGCCGUGCCGGGGAAAACUACGACGGGGUGGGAGAUGAAUUAUAAAGAGACGUUCUACGAAUGUCGUACAACGUGUCAGUCUCGGCGGCCUGUCCGGUACCAUAUCUCGGACCAAGCCUCGCGCAGACCUGUCCAGGAUCUCAGUUUCUGACAUUCAUGACCCUUCUGGACACGUUCGUCCGCGCCAAAGAUGAAAUCUCUCACCUCUGCGAACGAGUCAGACCUAUCGAUCCGGCCGAAUACUACUACGAUUUUAUCGUCAUCGGCGGGGGAACAGCCGGUUCCGUUGUGGCAUCUAGGCUCAGUGAUAUACCGGAAUGGAAAGUUUUGCUGCUAGAGGCUGGGCCAGACGAACCACCUGGUACCGAUAUCCCCAGCAUGGUCGCUAUGUUUCUAGGCACCGUGAUCGAUUGGCAGUAUCGAACCGUGAACGAAGCGAACGCCUGUCUUUCGAUGGGAGGAUCUUGUAGCUGGCCACGAGGCAAGAACCUCGGCGGCACGUCAGUUCACAACGGUAUGAUGUAUUCGCGAGGUCACGCCAUGGACUACAACAACUGGGCAGCGAUGGGUAACGAGGGAUGGUCUUGGCAGGAUGUUUUGCCGUAUUUCAUGUGCUCGGAGAAUAACACGGAGAUCAAUCGAGUUGGACGGAAAUACCAUGCAACCGACGGAUUGCUCAACGUCGAGAGGUUUCCUUGGAGGCCCGACAUUUCUAAAGACAUCCUCGCAGCCGCGGUCGAGAGAGGAUACCCGAUCACGGAGGACAUUAACGGUGAUCAGAUCAUCGGGUUCACGACCGCUCAAACGAUGAGCAAGAACGGAGUUCGACAGAGCAGUUCGACCGCUUUUCUCCAACCAAUUCGUUCGAGACGAAACCUUCAGGUCGUUCUGAAUGCCACUGCUACGAAGAUUAUUAUCGAAAACAGGAAGGCAGUCGGUGUUCAAUACUACAAAAAUGGGGAACUUCGCGUGGCAAGAGCCUCGCGUGAGAUAAUCGUCUCUGGCGGGGCUGUCAACUCCCCUCAACUCUUAUUGCUCUCUGGAAUUGGACCAAAGGAGCAUUUGGACGCCGUGAACGUGAGCGUCGUUAAAGAUCUUCCAGGAGUCGGUGAGAAUCUACACAAUCACGUGUCGUACACAGUGUCUUGGACCAUAAAUCAACCAAACGAAUUCGACCUGAAUUGGGCGGCAGCCUUGGAAUACGUCUCUUUCCAAAAAGGGCCCAUGGCGUCCACAGGUUUAUCCCAAUUAACGGGAAUUCUACCUUCGAGCUACACCACUUCCGAUCAUCCUGAUCUUCAGUUCUUUUUCGGUGGGUAUCAAGCAUCGUGCGCCACCACAGGGGAGGUAGGAGCUCUCAUGGAUGGUGGACGUCGUAGCAUAAGCAUAUCGCCGACGAAUACUCAUCCCCGUAGCAAAGGAACUCUUCGGUUAGCUACCAACGAUCCUCUCGCGAAACCCAUAAUCCAUGGAAAUUAUUUGAACGAUCCAUUGGACAUGGCUAUCCUCCUGGAGGGAAUUCAGAUAGCCUUGUCGUUCGGCAACACUACCGCUAUGGCGAAAUAUAAUAUGACGCUUAGUAACCAACCUCUAUCUGCUUGCUCGCAGUAUCUGUUCCUAAGCAACGAUUACUGGAGAUGUGCCAUGCGCCAGGACACAGGUCCGGAGAAUCAUCAGGCAGGCUCCUGUAAAAUGGGUCCAGCCUCAGAUCCGAUGGCCGUUGUAGAUCCGCUAUUGAGAGUACACGGUAUUAAAGGGUUGCGAGUCGCCGACACGUCCAUCAUGCCUCAAGUAACAUCUGGCAACACGGGCGCUCCGGCGAUCAUGAUCGGCGAAAGGGCAGCGGCGUUCAUCAAGAUGGACUGGGGUGUUAAGCCGACACAAUGUUCCCGUUCCACGAUCGACAACUCGUUGGAUCUGUUGCUUUGGGGGAUCAAAUACAUCGACUGGGACCAGCCUAUCUGGUAGUCAAGAUCCUCGAUCGAUCUAGUCCAUGAUUUAGCGGGUUUCUUUCUGCAAAAGGAAUUACAGUGCAGCGCUGUGCCGUGUCGUCGAGGUGCCGGCGCAAUGUCACCAAAGAGACGACGCUAAAGGACGCGGAGUGCCGGCCUUUCUCCUCGAGUCGCUGCGAUCCAGUCGAUCGAAGCUGUGGAACGGAGAAUCGACGAACACUGGCACUAGCUAAUUCAACUAUCGCGGAUCUUGUUAUUACUUUUACAUUCUCCGUUCUUUCCUACGACUACUUGUUCCUGUACUUGUUCUUUCCAUUUUCGCAUUACGAUGUUAAGCACCUAUCCGAAUUCGUUUAACGUGAAUUUUCACUUCUUCCACGCGUUCUAUUCGUAGAUAAGCAUCGGUUACGGAUUUUCGAGAUUUUAUCGGAUCGACGUUCAGGGUGAAUGUAUUUAUCCAAAUAACCUGCGUUAUCUGGAUCGAUACGAAGGUAAAUCGAAACAGUCUUACUAUCGUCUUUCGCGAUUAAGUAUUAUACGUACGUACGUACGUACGUACGUGAAUACAUACGUCGCGCACAAUUAUAAUACCUUUCACGCGUAUGCUUUCCUAUUAACUAUAUUAAACUGAAAUGGCCUUAAAGCAAAAGAUUCCUCGCGUUUACGAGUGUUGCCAGUCGCACAGUCGUUUAUUUCAUUGUACCAACGUCGAAAUAGAAACAUACCAAAGAGAUGUAAAUCGCUGUUACCGAAUUAAUGUCAAGUCAAUUGUACCAACAAUUAGUUGUCUGAAUAAUAAUUUUAAUUUGUUUUCUUUCUGCA